GCCUGCCAUUUGAUGUGAUUUUGUUUCUGGAACAUCUUACUAAGAAACUUGACACUCAUUCGAGAUAUUUUAAAAACUACAAAACUUUUAAAUUCAUCAAGGCGAAACCUUUCCAACCCUUCAACUGUUUUUGAGCAAGGGGACGCACCCGUUGAUUGGUUCAUGUCUGUAUCUUUUUGUGUCAGUCCACACAAUCCACCAAUAAUAUUGCGCGCUGCAAACAUGAUUUGUAUUUGGUUGUGAUGUUGGACGUCAGUGCAGUCAGUUGACAGCAAGUUAGCUAAUUAGCUAGCAAAAUGCUUGCUUUGUAUUAGAUGGCUACUAACUGAUUAAGUUAUUGUAGUAGUGUUAGCAUUUCAAAAUCUAAAAGUGGUACUGCUCUACGUAUGCCGAUAGCACGAUGGGAGAACCAAAUACAAAGUUCGGGUCUGCGGAGGAAGAAAUGUGCUUUUGGAAGGAGCAGGCAGAGAAACACCAGCAAAGGGCCGAGGAGGCUCUAGAGGAGUUGCAGGAGUUCCAGCAGAUGAGUCGGGACUAUGAGGCUGAACUGGAAGUAGAACUGAAAACUUGUGAGGCACGAAACAAGGAAUUGCUUUCGGAUAACAACCGACUCUGCAUGGAACUGGAAAACAUUAGGGAGAAGUUUGAGGCCCAGCAUUCGGAGGCCUUCAGACAGAUCUCCAUGCUGGAGGGAGACCUGGCCGAGACAACGGCCGUUCGAGACCACCUGCAGAAGUACAUCAGAGAGCUGGAGCAGUCCAACGAUGACCUGGAGAGGGCCAAGAGGGCGACCAUUAUGUCACUCGAGGAUUUUGAACAGAGGAUGAACCAUGUGAUCGAGAGGAACGCCUUUCUGGAGAGUGAGCUUGAUGAAAAAGAGAACCUACUGGAAUCUGUCCAGAGGCUCAAGGACGAGGCAAGAGACCUGCGGCAGGAGCUGGCCGUGCAGCAGGUCCAGGAGCGACGACCCUCCAGCAGCCUAGGCAAGGACACGGACAGGACCGACUCACUGUCGCGGUCCUCCCCCGGGUACCCCUCGCUCCCGGCCACCCCCUCCAAACCCCUCAGUACCUUCACCACGCCCGCAUCCAACAUCCGGCGAGGUGAUAACCUGACAGGAACCCCCCUGACCACGUCAGCCCGCAUAUCAGCACUCAACAUUGUAGGGGAGCUGCUUCGAAAAGUUGGGAACCUUGAGUCCAAGUUGGCGUCCUGUCGAGAGUUUGUGUACGACACGUCGACAAACAGGCCGGCUCUUCCGGCAGGGCCCAGCUCUCCCUCUGCUCUAGAGGGCUUAGAGGUCCAGGCCAGCAGCAUGAGCCCCCCUCCACAGUACGACAGCUUGGUGAAGAGGUUAGAGUUUGGACCCGCUCCCCCACGUGGGCUCUCCCAAGGCUCCCAGUCACCACAGGGUGGGGUUAAGAUCCUGCUAUGAGACGCAUGCAUACAUGCACAUCACUGUACCCCACUAUCAGACUACUCCAAAGUUCCAAUACGGUUUUCAGCUGUGUGCCCCACACACACACACAAACACACACACUUAUUCACACUGAACCCAACAAUGUCCCACUAAGAACUAAGAAGCCGCCCCCCUCCCCUUUCCCCCUUGUAAUGCUGCAUGGGCUGACAAAAAUGACAUCCUAAUGCUACCAUAUUACAGCUUUUUAGCUUGAAAGAAUUUUGGAGACGUUGAAUGACAAAUGCUGCACACCCUCCUGUCUCUCCUUGUUCUCCCAGUCCACAGUCUUUAUGUUGUGCCACUAACCCUUUCUGGUCCAUUUUUUACCUUGCUGUCUUGAAGCCAGUUUGUUUUGCUAACAGUUCCUACAUGUCGGGUCAGACAAGAGUUAGUGUUAGCAUUUUAGCCAUUGCUGCCUUGACCAAUAUUAUCUCCUCAUUUAGUAUUUUCUUGUCAUGAACUGGUCAUGGCUUCCUUGUAGCAUAUGUUUAGGUCGAAAGGUUAAAGAGAAGAAAGUUAUGACUAUAGCUAUGUAGCUUUGUGAAAAGUAGAGUGCUAAGUUCUCAAGUGUUUCAAAAGUUUGCAAUAUGAGGCUUCCACGAUAUCUGUCGGAACAUAACACUUUUUUUUAGAGCACAAUUACCAGAGAAAUUUCGGCAUGUCUGUUGUUAAAUUUUUUAUAGUAUUUUUUUAAGACAUUGACGCAGCAGGCUUUUCUUAUCUUCUGAGUUCAUAAUUAAAGAAGUUUAGUCAGUGCCUCGGUCUGCACUAUUUGAAUGUAUACCAAUGUUUCUGACAGGGAUUAAACCUCACAUUCCACAGAUUUUCUCUUUGCUGUCCUUUGCAGCGAACAAAAUGUCAUUGGAGGAGAAAAGGGGAGAGCCUCACCUUCUCCAAUGAGUUUCAAGGAGGCACUGAGGGGACAAAACAAACAAAUAUCGAGGAAAAACUCAUGCAACCUUCCUUCUCCUGCUUGAGAUAUCAUCAGUGAUAAUAUGGGAGUGGAUGUGAGUGUGCUGCUCUGUGUGCCUGUCACCGAUCCAGGCAGAUCAGAUGGGUAAUUUCUUUGUAAGGAAGAAGGCUGAAAAGGGCAUGUAGUUCAGUAUUGGCCUUUGUUUGAACUUGUCUCAAAGUUGAAGGUCAUAUCAAGACAGAAAUAGCAAUAACGGGCAAUAAUAGAUUUUACGGAGUUCAGAAAUAAGCACACGUCUAUUCUAUUUUUCAGAAUUAUGUUCUAAAGAGUAGUGUGGCCGGCCUUUAUAGACUGUGACAUGUUGUAAACGGGUCUGGUAACGUUACGCAGUGUUUUAAGCUGUGUAAUGUUGUGGGUUCCUAAUAUUUUCUUGAAGGUCUGUAAAUGGUGGAAGUUCAAACCUACAGGGCUGUGGUCUGCUAUAGUCUGCCUAUCCCAAAAAGUGUGUAUUGUCUAGUCUGUACACCCUCUGUAAACUAAACUUGAAAAAAAAAGGAAGUUGUUCCACUGAUAGUGCUUCUCUGGUCUUGGCUUCUCUGUCACUAAAUAUGACUGUCAUCGCUUCAUCAUUGCACCGAAGAAAUCUAUCAAUAUAUAUGUCUGAACAAGGAGCGUCACAACAUAUACCAAUGUGUAGCGUGCUGCUCAGCUGUUGACGUUGGUGAGCUGUUUUGUGUGAAUUUUGACCCAGGAAGUGCAGUGUCUGUAAAGUCGACUGUGGAGCUUCUCACAUUGGAUAUGUAGCCACUGGUCAUGGCUGUGACGCAUACACUUUUCGCCUCCCUGUUUGGACUAUGUUCACACCCAAUGUGUUCUAUGUAUACUUGUUGGUUUGCAAAUUAUUUUUUAUUAAAACAGAGAAAAGUA